AUGCGCUCAAGAAAACAUCCAAUUCAAAGUCUUCUUGAGACUGCAGCCGCCGCAAACACUCUUGCAGGUGAUCUUCACGAGGCAAUUAAACUAACAAUUAUCCCACGCAUUCCAAAUCUCGAUAAAAAUCAAAGAUUUGAAUUAGGUGAAGAUGUGAAAAAUAAAAUGAAAUCAGUUGAUAUAUUACGUAAAAUGGGCUUUAAAUUAGUUGUCGACGAACACUUAUUCGAUCCUGUUCCAAAAGAAUUACUCGAUUCUCGGUAUUCCGUAUCCAUUCAGUUAUUAAUUGUAUUCUAUCAAAGUGUAACAUGGGCAUAUGAUCCUAAUCAUACUAAAACUUCAGAAGAACUCUCUUACAUUUCUCAAGAAAUAAAACCUAUUUUAGAUAAAGUAGGAGUAGCAGAGAACCAACUUGAGUAUUGUUUCAAGAAAGCUGUUAAAUCCUUCUUUCGCGAUCCAAAUGCUAAGCUAUCCGAACAAGCUGCCUUAGAUUUACUCGAAAUCUUCGACAAGUCCAAAUUUUUUACAAAGAAAUUAACGAAAAUAUUUUCUAGACUAGUAGUACUAUCAAAUAACAUCACUAUCCAAACAAGAAAUGCUCUUUUGUCAUUUUUAGUUCACGCAUCAUCAGAAAAACGACCUUAUUUUAUCAAUUCAGAUCUUUCUACAAUCGGAGAAGUUAUUAGUCAAAAUAUUAGUACGUUAGAUUCAAAAGGAUUAAUGAUAUUAGGAUAUAUGAGUAAAUAUGCACCGAAAGAGAUCAUGGUUACGCUUAUACAGACAAUACCAUAUUGUUUAUACUCACUUAUACCUUCAAGUGGCAAAGUUUACAACGACAAACCUGAUUCUCGUUUUGAAUUAAUCGAUGUUUUUCAAUUACCUCUAGAUUUCUUCGAUAUGGAGUUACAAUCAGAUUCUUUAUACAACUUCACAUUUCCUACAGAGUUUUCUUUCUCCAAAACAGCUUUAGCGGAUUAUUCAGAAAAAAUUGCGAAUUCUUUAAUACCUUUAUCAAAUUUCUACAGAGAUAUUUUCUUCAGGACAUGUCAAGAGAUCAUUAUGCACGAAAAUACAGGUUCUUCAAUCACUUUUACUUGUUUAUUAAUAUUAAUCAUAGAAAAACUAAUGAUUGUCACUAGUGUUAGCAACUCAUAUAAUGUUAUUACAGAAUCAAAACUCAUGAGCAUGUCAUCACAGAAUAUUUUUGAAGAAAUUGAUGAUGAUAUAAAUUAUGGCCGACAAAAACUGUUCAAAGUACUUUGUCGACAUUCCCCUGAACUUAUUAUUGACUUAUUUGCCAGAUUUUCCAACUCUCCACUUUUAAUUGCGGAGUUUAUUGUCAGAUUGUUUUCCUGCAACAUUUCUAAGUUUUCUUUGAAGUUCCUUGUCAACGAUGGCUUCAUCAACUGUUUCAUUGCAUCUAUCUAUCAACUAGAAAACUACAAGAAACCGAGAUGUAUCAUUUUUGACUUUCUUUCUUUCCUUUUACAACAAAAUGAAACGGAAUACCUCUGUUUGUCAUCAUCAACAUUCUCCAAACUGUAUUUCAGAUUCUUGUUCAACAGACAAGUAGGUUUAAAAAUAAUUCCUAAUGUCAAAAAUUUCUAUUGUUUACAAAACGAUAUCAAAAAAUUUAAUUCGUCACUUUUGUUCCUUAAAAAAGUAUUGGAUUCGUGUGCAGAAAACAUCUCUAAAUCAAACGAAUACGCACCUUUGGCUCAUUCAAUAAUUGACUGUAUUUUGGCGGUUAUGUCACAUCACUUUUUAGAUUUACCAUUUAUGUUAUCAUUAUUUGAAGAUCUUAUACAAAUCAACAAAACAGUUCUAUCAAAAAAUUAUUUGUUGGAAUUUCUCUAUCGUUUAACUUUACAAUUUCCAAUGGUUGAACUAAAAAGUGACAGUUUUACAACACUUGUAGAAAUUAUGAUGAAAACAGAAGGUAAAGAGCCAUCGGAUGAAACAUAUGAUUUGGUCGGAAAAAUUACGAAUCGUGGCAGUUUUGACACUUUACAUUAUCUGCCAAUUUUGACACAUAUUGGUCCAUCAAUUUCUUUUGCUUUGUUUGGCCAAUCCGAGCGAUUUACAAAGAUUUUAGAAGCUUUCCUGAGAAUGAUUGAUUUGCAGACAUCUACUGUUUAUUUACUACAUGAUUAUGGUGUUGAUUCGAUGCUUAUUCAGUGUUUUACUCAAGACACAGAUAUUCCUUAUGUCACUUUUUGUAAUUAUGUUUUACAAAUAAAUUUGACAGAAAAAUCGUCAGAUUUAGCCAUUAAAUUGAUAUCUAAGAUUAUUAGUAUAUCAUGUAACAAGAACAUCUUGAAUCAUUUCACGCAAAUGCUACAACACAAACACUCAAUAAAAGCGAGUCGUUUGAUUGAUGAAUCAUUUGCAAGAUCUUCUUCUUAUGGUGGAACAAUCUUUGCAUUGGGAUUUCUUCCGGAACAGUUCACUAUAAAGAAAGUUCCAGCGGAGAUAUUUAAUAAGAGCUUCUCUAUAAAGGUGAGAUUCACUACUGAUACUGUUUUGAUGUACAAAAUGUUGGGAAACGUUUUUCUUUUCAAAAUUUGUGAUGAACAAAAUUCAUCAAUUUCGGUUUUCUUCUGUAGAGGACAAAUUUUUGCUGUUUAUGAUGAUAAAGACACAGUGACUACUGCUUGCUUAAUGAGAACUGUGGACAGCGGAAUUUGGUCUGACUUCAUUUUCUCUUUCAAAAUUUUGAAUGAUCCAAUAAUUAAGGUUAUAACUUUCACCUCACUUAACAUGAGUGGCUGCAGCAGUGACAUGAAAUUUGUUCCUUUCGUAGGUGACACAGUUAAAGUAAUUGUUGGUGGAUCAGACAGAUCACAAGAAAACAGACAAUUCGGACAGUUUUGCUCCUUCAAAAUUUUCAAAGGAAUUUUUUCGUCAAUAAAUGACAUUGACGAUAAAAAUACGUUAGUUUUUGAUGGCUCCAAUUUGCCGUUGACAAACAACGACAUCAAAAUUGAUAACGUUACUGUUUUCGCACGUACAAGUAAUCCAAACAUCUUGGAAGUCGCGUCAACAAUUAAUUACGCAAAUGUUUUGUCACAUUUAUUAAAUCUGACGGAUAUAAAUUGUUUUGACAACAUUUUGUCAAUUUUGCGUCAGAUUUUUACAGUCACCAUUGACUUUGACGGGUAUGAAAGGAUAAUCAACUUCAUUUUGAGUCAUCAAGAGUUGAUUUGUUUCGAUACAUUUAAGAAAUUGUUGAUUACUUGUGAAACUCUUCGAACUGAUUUGAAAGAAUACUUUUAUUCAGCAAUUAUAGGAAAUCUCUUCAUUUGGGCGAAAUCUUCCAAGAAAGAGUUCGAAAAGAUCAUGCUUUAUUACGCAAAGAUCAUGCGCAUAAAUGCAAAAUUCAAUGUAUCAAGAUAUUUCUUCUUCUUUUCUGAUCUUUUCGGAAAUCAAGGUCAAUGUAGAAAAGAAAAAGUGACAAGAGAUUAUUUUGUCACUUUUAUGAACAAAUGCAUUAUAUUUGCGAAUGUUAAUGAUGCGCAGUAUUUGCAGGAAUUGAUUAUGAAGAAUACAAAUAAUCACGACAUUUUUGUUGUUUUCCUGAAUUUGUUUGUAAGAAUUGAUGACAAAACUUUGGAAAAAAUGUCAGGAAAAGAGCAGAUUUACCAAGAUUUUGUUAAAUCAAUUAACUAUGAUGUUGAAGAGUCAUCUCUUCUCUUCCACGCCAUUAUGAAACUCUCGAGAUACAAUGAUUUGAGUUUGAUUUUGGUUGUUGUCAAAAAACUGGAAUCUUUGCAGAUUUCUUCUCAAGUUUUCAACGAAUUAUUCUGCCAAACAUAUGAUUAUCCUGAGAUGAGUCUUCCUUUGUCUUUCCUGGCACUCGGUCUCGACUACAAAGACAAGAAAUUCAUUUUAACUUCGAUGGCAGAUUUUGCAAUGAAUAGUUCAGGAGGAAACAUAAUUCUUGAGUUCCCUUAUUGGUUUGUUUGUCCAAUUUUGCUUUCAAUACAACUAGGAAGAGACAUUUUCUAUUCUACAUCGUCUUUCUUGGCUUCUGUAAUAGAAAGAUGCCAAACUCCGGAUCAAAGAAGUGAACUGAUAAAAAAUGUCUUCCUUUUCUUAGUUUUUAGCGGUUUGACGACUCCUGACCGUUUAGAAAUUCUUAUUUCUACUUUUAUUGACGAGAUAUACGAGAAAAAUAACGAUCUUACUUAUACAUUGAUUUUUGUUAUUUUUAAUUUUAUUUUCUUCAGAUUUGACAACCAAAAUUUGUCACUUCACCUUUGGCAAAAGUUCCAUGAUUUCCAGUAUUUUGGAGAUUUCGGAUCCCUCAAAUCUCCUCUUCCUGAAAUCAAAUCUUUCUCUGAUUUGAACAAUGUUUUGAAUGUGAAUUUCAGAGAAUACAAUCCUAUAUUUAAUUUGCACAUUGAUUCAGAGCAUAACUCAUGGAAUGAUGCAGGAAAGUCUCAGAUUCUUUUGCUAUUGAUUGAUAAAGUCGUUUACGAGGAUGAUUUUAUCAGACACUUCAUUCCUUUCUUUACAAAUAAGUCUUCACUAGAAAAGGAUGAAGUUAUAAAGAUCUUCAAUAGACUUGAUUCUUAUGUCAACCAAAAUGCGAAUUACUUCAAAGAUGCUUUCAUCUCUUUCAUCGAUUCGAUUAAGAUUUCUUUGAAAUCUUAUGAAGAUAACGCUGAAAAAUAUUUGAAUUAA